AUGGGUAUUGAUUACUAUAAGGUUCUUGGCGUUGGUAGGAAUGCAACACCUACGGAGAUUAAGAAGGCUUAUCACCAGUUGGCGUUGAAGUAUCAUCCUGAUAAGUGUACUGGGAACCGUGAAGAAGCUGAACGUCGUUUUAAAGAAGUUUCGGAGGCUUAUGAUGUUUUGAGCGAUGAGAAUAAGAAGAAGAUUUAUGACAAGUAUGGAGAGGAGGGGCUAAAGGGAGGUGUUCCUGCGGAUGGUGGUGCUGGUGCCAAUUUUCAUGGUGCGUUUCCUGGUGGUACGCACUACUCGUUUUCGCAGGGUGACGCUUUUAAUAUUUUUCGUACUUUUUUUGGCUCGAGCGAUCCGUUCGCUGGUGGUGAAGAAUUUGGUGGUGGUGGUCCUGGUCUUCAUCGCGUGUUCCGUGGUUUUGGUGGUCCUCAAGGGUUUGCGUCAGGAUUUGGUUCUCCAGAGAUGUCGCCUGUUCAUGAGGUGCCCCCUGUUGAGUAUACGUUUGCGUGCACACUGGAGGAGAUUUAUCAGGGAUGUACAAAGAAGUUUAAUGUGUCUCGGCAGAUGCCAGGUGGUACGGAAAAGAAGGUGUUUGAGGUCAAGGUGCUUCCUGGGUAUAAGAAGGGUACAAAGAUUCGGUUUGAACGUGAAGGAGGUAUUGUGCAAGGAUAUCCUCCUAAUGUGAUGGCUGAUAUGGUCUUUGUUCUUGACGAGAAGCCGCAUCCGCGGUUUGAACGGAGCGGUUCAGAUGUCCGAACAACAGUCCAUAUUAACUUGAAACAGGCGUUAUUGGGUACUACUGUAAAUGUGGUCUGCCUUGACGAAACCACAACUUCCCUCCCACUAACAGGAGUGAGCAAGAACGGUCGUCAAUUACGUGUGAGUGGCAAAGGUUUUCCUGAUCGAAAGACGGGAAGAACUGGUGAUAUGUAUGUAACAAUUGCAGUUGAUAUGCCGGCAUCGAUAAACGAAGAGACAAAGAAAUUGGUUGCAAAAUGCCAGUUUUAG